AUGGGAGUCUGCCAAUCCUGCUGCGGAGGUACUAGCUUUUCCAUUGUGACGCUUUCGGAGCCAGAGCUGACGAUGCCCGUACAGGGAGAGCCCGCGACGGGCUCUACGAGCCGGUCCUCGCCGACAGCGAAAGGGAAGCUGUCGCCGACCUUCUCCAGUAUCUUGAAAAUGUACGCCUCUUCUGACAAGCGGGGUGAAACGGACUUCUUUUCAGGCGAACCCCUUCGAGCUCUAAGCACCCUCGUCUUCUCCGAGAACAUCGACUUGCAACGAAGUGCAAGUCUGACUUUUGCCGAAAUCACAGAGCGAGAUGUUCGGGAGGUCGACCGCGACACCCUUGAACCGAUCCUGUUUCUCUUGCAAAGUCCCGAUAUCGAAGUCCAGCGCGCGGCUAGCGCCGCACUAGGAAACCUGGCGGUCAACACCGAGAAUAAGGUUUUGAUUGUUCAGCUCGGCGGCCUCACGCCGCUCAUCAGGCAGAUGCUAUCGCCAAAUGUCGAAGUGCAGUGCAACGCAGUCGGGUGCAUCACGAACCUGGCCACACAUGAGGAGAACAAAGCCAAGAUCGCCCGGUCUGGCGCGUUAGGCCCUCUAACAAGGUUGGCCAAGUCGAGGGACAUGCGCGUUCAGAGGAACGCAACGGGAGCCUUGCUCAACAUGACACACUCGGACGAGAACCGUCAGCAGCUCGUUAACGCCGGAGCCAUCCCCGUUCUCGUCCAGCUUCUCUCCUCGUCCGACGUUGAUGUCCAGUACUACUGCACGACGGCUCUCAGCAAUAUUGCUGUCGAUGCUAACAACCGCCGCAAGCUCGCUCAGACCGAAUCCAAACUCGUCUCCUCCCUCGUUACUCUCAUGGAUUCCUCGUCACCCAAGGUCCAGUGCCAGGCGGCGCUCGCGCUCCGUAACCUGGCCUCCGACGAGAAGUACCAGCUGGAUAUCGUGCGAGCAAACGGCCUCGCCCCAUUGCUUCGACUUCUUUCGUCGUCCUACUUGCCCCUGAUUCUUUCCGCCGUGGCAUGCAUACGAAAUAUCUCCAUCCACCCCUUGAACGAGUCUCCUAUAAUCGAAGCCGGUUUCCUGAAACCGCUGGUCGACCUUCUGGGGUCUACCGAGAACGAGGAAAUCCAAUGCCACGCCAUCUCAACCCUUAGGAACCUGGCUGCCAGCUCCGACCGCAACAAAGCCCUUGUCCUAGAUGCUGGCGCCGUGCAGAAGUGCAAGCAGCUGGUGCUCGAUGUGCCCGUCACAGUCCAAUCCGAGAUGACGGCUGCGAUUGCGGUUCUCGCUCUUAGUGACGAGCUCAAGUCCCAUUUGCUGAACCUCGGAGUCUUUGAGGUUUUAAUCCCUCUCACGCAUUCUCCCAGCAUCGAAGUACAGGGCAACAGUGCUGCGGCUCUUGGCAACCUUUCCUCGAAGGGUAUGUGGAACUUUGGUCCCUUUACGUCCCAUGCUAAUGCAGUUUCAGUCGGCGAUUACGCGGUCUUUGUUCAAGAUUGGAAGGAGCCCAACGGUGGCAUCCACGGUUACCUCUCGAGAUUCCUCCAGAGCGGCGAUGCGACGUUCCAGCACAUAGCAAUCUGGACUCUGCUCCAGCUGCUCGAGUCAGAGGACAAGAACCUUAUUCAGCUGAUCGGACAGGCGCAAGACAUUGUCGACCAGAUCAAGGAGAUUGCCAACCGCCAAAUCGAGCCCGACAACGAAUUCGAAGACGAUGACGAGGGCGAGGUCGUGAAUCUGGCACAGCGGUGCCUGGAGCUGCUCGGCCAGAGCGGCUCCAAGACUCACAUUGAGGGCUAA